AUGUCUGACAAGGUAGUUGGAAUACUUGGUGCGCGGGGAGGCCAGCUUGGUCGAAUGCUGGCAGCAUCUGCUUCACUUUUGAAUGUGAAUGUUGUUAUUCUGGACGAUGGACAUCACGGACCCGCUAAACGUAUCGUUGCGCCUACCGCACUUCAUCUGUCCCAUGUCGACGGAUCCUUUGCUAACCCAGAAAAAAUACGCGAAUUAGCCAACAAAGUGGAUAUUCUUACAAUAGAGAUUGAACACGUAAAUACGGCAACGCUCCAAGAAGUUCAGUCCGCCUUUCAGCAUAAGGAACUGGUUGUCCAUCCCCACCCUUCGACUGUUGAAAUCAUUCAAGAUAAAUAUCGACAAAAGGUCCAUCUAUCUUCGCAUGGCCUCCCAAUAUCAGAUUUCGUGGCUGUAGAGUCGUCCGUAGAAUCCAUCUCCGAUGUCGCAGGAAAGCUAGGGCUACCCCUGAUGCUGAAAAGCCGUACGUUGGCAUACGACGGACGUGGCAACUUUGUCCUCCGGGAGCUUGGACAGGCGCAAGAAGCAAUCACUUUCCUCAAUAACCGGCCCUUAUACGCUGAAAGAUGGGUUCCUUUCAAACAGGAAAUUGCGGUCAUGGUAGUAAGAGCGGUUGAUGGGCAAGUUCAGUCGUACCCCGUCGUGGAAACCGUUCACAAGGACAACAUCUGUCAUCUUGUUUUCGCACCGCUUCGCAGUCGCGAUCCUUCGCUAUCACAACGAGCAAGAGCCAUUGCCGAAACCGCCGUUAAGUCUUUCUCCGGCGCUGGUGUCUUUGGUGUUGAAAUGUUCUUGAUGGAAGAUGGAAAGAUUUUCAUCAAUGAAAUUGCCCCUCGACCUCAUAACUCCGGCCAUUACACGAUUGAAGCCUGUGAAACAUCUCAAUAUGAAAACCAUCUCCGCGCAAUUCUCUCGUUGCCCCUUGGCUCCACAGCACUUAAAGUCCCAUCAGCUGCGAUGCUGAAUCUGAUAGGAUAUUCGUCGUCAAUGCAAGAAAUUCAGAAAACUGUAGAUGUCGCUUUGACUAUCCCUGGUGUCUCAGUGCAUCUCUAUGGGAAAUCAGAAUGCCGAAAGGGACGUAAAAUGGGCCAUAUCACCAUUGUAGCCGACUCGGAUGCACAGCUGAGAAGCCGUCUGCGGCCCCUUCUCGAAUCAUUACCUGAAAGUACUUCAGAGGAAGUGGAUCGUUACGCGCCGAUUGUCGCUACUCCAGGCUCUGGAUUUUCGGACCCUAACCCACUAGUGGGUAUCAUUAUGGGCUCAGACUCCGAUCUACCAGUCAUGCUACCCGCCGCGCGCGUUCUCGACCAAUUCAAAAUCCCAUACGAGCUCACAAUUGUCUCGGCGCAUCGGACGCCUGAUCGACUCGUCGAUUAUGCUCGCUCGGCAUCGACUCGCGGCCUGCGGACAAUCAUUGCGGGAGCCGGCGGCGCUGCUCAUCUGCCAGGGAUGGUAGCAGCUAUGACUGCGCUACCCGUUAUUGGCGUCCCUGUCAAAGGUAGCACGCUCGACGGUGUCGACUCCUUGCAUAGCAUUGUGCAAAUGCCUCGUGGUAUACCCGUCGCUACAGUGGCCAUAAACAACGGCAUGAACGCAGGACUUCUUGCUGUGCGUAUCCUGUCCGCCGGUAUCCCAGGCCUCAUUGAAGCAAUGGACCAAUACAUGAAAGCAAUGGAAGCGGAGGUCCUAGGAAAGGUUGAAAUACUCAAAGAAGUCGGAUGGGAAAAAUACCAGGUAAAACGAACAUAA